CACACACACAAACACAAAGUUGGGCUGUUGUUGGCUCUGACUGGGGGUGCUGAGAGGAGAGAGUGUGGCUCAGUGUGUCCAGGAAGAGGCCAGUGUUGCAGGCAGUGCAGUGGGGAGAGCCUUGAUUCACAAGGGAGAGAGACGUGCCCAGCGUGGUGAAACCAUGCUCACUAAGUGGGAGAACGCCUCUGCCCAGGACACAAAAUGAAGGUGGGGAGGAAGACAGGGCACAGCCUCUCUUCUGAAGUUUCUUCCCUCGUCAGCCUGGUCGGUCUCCUCCUUCUACUCCUCACAGGUGAUGUGUCAGGGGUGAAUGUGACGAGCCAAACCCAGGUGGUGAGGGGCAUCGUGGGCAAAGAGGCCCUGCUGUCGGUCAGUUACACCAGCAGCAGCACGGACAAGCCUGUCAUCAAGUGGCAGCUGAAAAGGGACAAAGUGAAGCCCGUCACCGUGGUGCAGUCCAUCGGCACCGAAGUCAUCGGGAACCUUCGGCCGGAGUAUCGUAACCGCAUCCUGGUGUUCGAGAACGGCUCGCUGCUGCUUCACAACCUGCAGCUGUCGGACGAAGGAUCGUACGAGGUGGAGAUCUCCAUCACGGAUGACACCUUCACAGGGGAGCUCUACAUUGAGCUGACUGUGGAUGUUCCAGUUUCCAAGCCCUACAUCCAGAUGGUGGCGUCAUCUGUCCUCGAGUACAGCGAGCACUUUAACUUGCACUGCUCCCACGACAACGGCACCAAGCCCGUGUACGCUUGGCUGAAGGGAGGCAAGGUACAGGCCAACGAUUCCCGCCUACUGCUCUCGCACGACCAAAAGGUGCUGAGCAUCGCGCGCGUCCUCAUGUCGGACGACGACAUCUACGCCUGUAUGGUGGAGAACGCCAUCAGCAGCAUGAAGAGCACGCCCGUCAAGCUCACCGUCUACAGACGGAGCUCGCUGUACAUCAUCCUGUCCACCGGAGGCAUUUUCCUCCUCAUCACCCUGGUGACCGUGUGCGCAUGUUGGAAGCCUUCCAAAAAGAAACAUAGGCCCGUCCCGCAGAGAGCUCCCGUCUACAUGGAGCAGGGGGAAAAUGGCCAUGAUGUUGAUGUAGUACCGAAACCAAUGACCCUCGGCCGAAGGAGUCCCAUGCCUCUCUAUGUACUCAACGAAGACGAGACUCUGGAGCGUUUGGAAGAAAGUGCUUGCACUGCCUACAGUCAACCAGAAUUGAAUUUUCCUGCCACCUACGUCCCGGUCCUCCCCACCCACACCCACAGAACUGAACCGCCCAUCUGGACCACCCCGCGCAGGUAUUCCCGCAGUCCCUCCCCGCUGGCACAGCUUCUCCCGCAAGCCCCGGCGGGACCUCCGCUGAGCCCGGCGCGCUCGCCAGCCCACUCGCCCUGCUCGUCUCCACGCAGUUUCAGCCCCAUCAGAAAAGUUCGGCCUCCCGUUGGAAUCCCAAACCUUCGCCUGCCCGUGGAGGCCGAGAGUCCCGCCUCCAGCGAGAAGACGCAGGGUUCUCCCCAGCAGUAACUCCUGGUUGUUCAUCACGCAUCGUCUUUGCUGCAAUUUGCCAGGAGGAGAACGGAUGCAUCCGAGAAUUCCUUCCUUGGCCACCAGCAAUACCUCUGUAGGCUUUUCAUGAUUUCCUGUGAUAAAAAAGUCUAUCGUGUCGAGAAUUCAUAGGUUACGUUGACUGUACUAUGCAGAACUACCCUUUUGAUGUAUUAAUUUCACUGGGAACAUCCGAUGAGUAGUUCGGAUGUUUACACUUUUGUUUUUUUUGGGGGGGGGCGGGGGUGUCUGUAAAAUCCCAAACUGUUCUUUUU